GCUACAUUCCACGAGUCGUACGCUCUCGUAGUAUUUAUACCCCCUCCCGAACCCUCUUUGACCUUCGACGGCAUGGAGUCCCAGCCCUCAGCAACGUCCAUCUUUGAACUCCUCACAGUCAAGAACCCCGAAGUUGUUCACCCUGAGCCAGAUAGCAAGCCCCUUACAGCUUCCCGCAACUUUCACUGGCCUAAAGAACUUAGACCAUGGAAGGAAUUCGACUUCAAGACCCUGGAGGCUGUCUUUGCUGGCUCUCUGCUGGAUGACGCCCGCCGAACCCGCCGAUCUCUGCCAGCUUACCCAACCAUCUUCCCCGAGUCCGAUUGUAUCGUUACCGACGAGAAGUCAACAACAAGCUUGAUCAUCAAAUGGAACGAGACCAUUGUCAAUACGGCUCUGAUGUCUAUUCGAAACGAGUUCCACCCAAGUAUUUGGAACUCCAAAACGAGAAAGCACAAGAAGCACGAGGCUGAACCCCAAGUAAACAGCCGGGCGAAGCGCAAACAGCCACCCAGACGCAGCUCACAAUCCCAUCGUGUGCAGAAACCGAGGAAGCGACACAUUUCCGUGAGGCCCGACUCUGGUGCCGUGCAUCACGCCUUGUCACCAGACGAGCGUGGGUCUCCAGCCGUCCAGGAGAGAUUCCCCAAGGAGUACAAGACGGCAUCUAAAUGGUGCAGCGAGAAGUUCUUCAGAAGCGGCUUCAUCGACAAAAAGGGCCAAAUGAAGGAGGAAUUGAUACAGAAGAAUUACUUCAUGCCCAUCAGGCAGGCUUUUACUUACUGUGUCACCCACGGAUGUCGCUACGGGUGCAUCUUGACUUGUGGCGAGGCCUUCAUCUUCCGGGUGAAGCCACGGGCAGCUUUUCCGAAGAAAGGAGUCAGUGAUAGCCACGAGGCUCUUCGAAGAAGCCUCGUGGAUGAUGGGCUACUCGAGUAUGUCUCCAUCCCCUGGACGAAUCAUCACCAAGGCGACCUCGGCAGUUACAAAGACCUGACUGUGAAUCUGGCACUGUGGUUCGUACACGUUCUCGCGGGGAAUCGUUAUUGGGUCGACUGGAGGUACUGCCCCCUGACUGCCGAGGAGCGGCAAGUAGGUCGGCUGUCCGAAGCGACCACAGAGCCAAGCUUUGAGUCUCGAGAAUCUGACGACGAGUCGGAUAGCUCUGAGUUUACUGCACCAUUGGGCUACACGCCCGUCUCUAUGAAGGAUGGGGAGUUUUCAGUGGGAGAGGAUGCGAUUCAUUUCUCUUUCUCGGAAAGUCACGACUUUACCAAGUAG